UCGCGAGCAUGGAAGUGACUCUGCGCUGGCAGGACGUGAGCUACAGCGUUCGUCGCCCGCGCGAUUCCUGGUGGCGGCGGCGCAAGAAGUCGCCGGACGUGCGGCACAUCCUGGACAACGUGUCUGGCCAGGUGUCCACGGGGAAUCUGGUGGCGAUUGUGGGCGCGAGUGGAGCCGGCAAAACCACUCUCUUGGCGGCGAUCUCGCGGAGAAUUCGCGGCAACAAAUUGGCGGGAAGAUUCACCAUCAAUGGCCGGGAGAUUGAGCGCGAGGAAAUGACAAGCAUCUCGGGAUUUGUGCCACAGAAUGAUAGUUUGAUUAACCAACUGACCAUUGAGGAACACCUCACAUUCAUCGGGCAGCUGAAAUACUCCCGAACGAUGUCUCAGGAUCGCCGGAAGAUCACUAUUCAGAAGAUUCUCACGCAGCUCGGGCUUGGCUCGCUGGCCUCCUCGAGGAUCGCCACAUUAUCCGGCGGGGAGAGGAAGAAACUGAAUCUGGCCACAGAACUGCUCGGCGAACCGUCCUUCCUCUUCUGCGAUGAACCCACCACAGGUCUGGACAGCUUCAGCGCUUUGCUGGUGAUGAAGACCCUGAAGAAUCUCUCGGGAACCGACCGAGAGUCAAGGAGCGCGGAUGACUUCGAGAUGGAAAUCGUCAGUUCGGACAAGGAACUCUGGGAUGCGCCUUCGAGGAUGUUUCCUAAGGGAAUCGUCUGCUCGAUUCAUCAGCCGACUUCUGACAUCUUCCUCUGCUUCUCACACAUAAUCAUCCUCCGCGAGGGUCGAGUGGUCUUCCAAGGAACUCCCAGUGAGGCCGAGAGGGACUUUCAGGAAGCUGGCUUCGUGUGUCCUCCGAAUUACAAUCCCAUUGAAUUCUACGUGAAGAUUGUGGCUGAACAGCCAGAACUUGAUCUCUGCCGAGAAGCAGAAUCAAUAGAUAAUAAGUCAGAAUCCUUUAGAGCAAUGGUGGAAAAGGCUCCUCCCGUGUGGAUCCUUCAGGUUCUCUAUCUUCUGAAGCGAUCCUCCAUCGUGGCCAAGAGAUCGAUGAAGGAGGAAAUCACACAGAGCGCGAUUUAUCUCUCCAUAAGCGUCAUUCUGGUGCUCUUUUACAAGAAUGUCGGCGGAACUACUCAAACCUCCAUCCAGGACAUCUCCGGUCUGUUCUUCACCAUCUGCACAGAAGUCAUCUUCGCCAAGAUCUACGCGGUCAUCAUGAGUUUCUCUCCUCAGCUGCCACUGAUUCGACGCGAAACUGGCGAGAAGCUCUUCGAUCUGUCCGCCUUCUACACCGCAACAGCCCUGAUGCAGAUCCCGAGAGCCAUCAUUGAGGCCUUCCUCUUCCUGGGCAUCAUCUACGCCGGCGUGGCUUUCUCAGGCGAUUUCUGGACCUACUUUGUCAUGUCCGUGACCUUCUCCAUUGCGUCUGUCGCCUCCAUGGCCUAUGGCUUCAUGAUCUCCGGUCUGUGCGUGGACGAGAAGCUGGUCCAGGAGAUCUCUGUGCCCUUCGACACCAUCUCACUGAUCCUGGGCGGCUUCUACCUCAACAUCGGCGAUCUGCCGUACUUGAAGUUCCUCUCGCUCUUCUUCCUCACCAACGAGGCGAUCUCCAUUCAGUUCUGGCGCGAAAUCGACUACAUCGAGUGCUCGGCGACGAGUUGCCUGCGGAACGGCACCGACGUCCUCAAUUUCUACUCCUUCGGCAUGGACAACGCGACCAUCUGGCGAGACUACCUCGUCAUGGCGAUCUGGUUCGUCGCAUCGCACGCCAUCGGCUUCCUUGGCCUGCGACACUACGUCCGCAAGGAGGGCUUCUAUUGAACACCAGCAGACAAAGACAUUCCUCGCAUGAGCAGAGAUUAACACACAAAAAAAACAAUCCAGGUGCUAUUAUUUUCCAUCAAUCUCUCUCCUUCCACUUCGUUCUCGCGCUUGUUGAGAAGUGUUAGAAAAACUUUAAUACAUCAUCUUGAGCAGCCACAGCGGAAUUGUUAUUUACAAAGUGAGCUGCAUUCAAUGUUGCAGCCGCAGUGUUUCCAUAUGGAUUUAAUGUUAUUAGUGAGUAUAUACAGAUGUUUGCUAUUGAUAUACUAUCGUGACGAGCAUCCCACUCAGGGUUGCUCAAACUUAGCACCAGCAAACUUCCUCGACUUAUCGAUUUUUGAGGCUUUUGAACAUCAUCCAGUCUGCGCUCGGUUGCCCCAAAAGUUCGACGGUGCAGACGAUUUUCUGGCAAGACUAUGAACUAUCUUAACCCCAGACGAGCAAUGCGAAGAUUUGCCAUU